AUUUUAAACAUUAUUGAUAGUAUAUUAAAGAAAAGUUAUUAAAGAUGGACUCGAGAUUGCCAAAGCCAUCGGGCAUAAAACGCCCAACAACGCUAACGAAAAAUAUUUUGCCUAUGGAUCGAAUAAAAACAGCAACGCUUGGUUUUGGUUCAAAAACAGCAAGUGUGUCUAUGUGCGGAAUGGACAUUUUACCGCCCCUUGCGCGAGAUUUAACUAAUCUUCCAAAUAGUUUUCGCAGAGAACGUGCAGGAUCACCGGACAUACAUCGUUCUUCAGUCACAACUGGUGCAAAUCGUACUAAAUUGCGUCGUAGCCGAUCUGCUUGUGAUAUUCGAGAUAUACGAGCAAUGAAGCGUCCAGAUAUAAGUAUUGCACCUAUUCCCGCCAAGACAAUGCGCCUUGUAAAUUCAGGCGUUUCUAAUAAUGCACCAGCUUCGUCAUUCGGUACAAAUAGUACAGUUUCCAAACCACCGCGAAUUGGAAACGUAGUAGCUUCAUCCACAGCAGCUGUAAAGAAACAAUUAACGCGCAAUCCAAUAGUUACUAAAGUCGGUAGCAGUACUUCUUUACGCUCAGGAACAGCUAAUACUGCAACAACAACAGUUAGGAAAGGUACGUCAUCUACGGCAACAUCAAUUUCUACUACAGGAGCUGGUAAAACCAUUAACAAACGGAUACCUCCAUACGAUUAUAAAGCUCGGUUCAACGAUUUGUCAGAGAAACACCAAGUGUUAAAGGCGAAAUAUGAAGAAAAGUGCGAACAAAUGAGUUCACUAGAAGGUUUACCUGAACAACUCGAAGAAUCACAAGAUCAGCUAUUUAAAACUAAAGAAGAACUUAAAACAGUUAAUAUUGAACGAGACUGUUUGAACCAACAAGUUAAAUCAUUAAAUCUGAAAAUUGAUUCUCUUUCUGCUGCAUUGGUAAAAACUAAAGAAGAGUUAACAAAGCUUACGGAAAAUUACAAAAUCGUGAAGGAAGCCCACGACAUUUUUCAUAAUGAAGUUCAAGAUCUACGUGCACAGACAUCGUAUUUAACGGAUGAAAAUAAUAUCUUAAAAGAAGAUUUAACUGCUUGUAAGGAGCAACUAUUUCGGGCCAAUAUGGAACGGAAAGAAUUGCAUAACACCAUCAUGGACCUACGUGGCAAUAUAAGAGUGUUUUGUCGCGUACGACCACCUUUGGACUUCGAACAAGAUAAAAUGCUUUGCGGUUGGAAUUACCUCGACGAAUCUACAGUUGAGAUACAAAGUUUUGAUAACAGGAAUAAAUGUGUUGCACAUACUUUCUCUUUUGAUCAUGUUUUUCAUCCAAAUUCUAAGCAAGAAGAUAUCUUUGAGAUGGUAUCUCCUUUGAUACAAUCAGCAUUAGAUGGCUAUAAUAUUUGCAUAUUUGCAUAUGGACAGACAGGAAGUGGUAAAACAUUUACAAUGGAUGGUAUUCCAACUAAUGUUGGUGUAAUUCCACGUACCGUUGAUUUACUUUUCGACUCUAUUAAGAAUUAUAAACGUCUUGGUUGGGAAUAUGAGAUUCGUGUAACUUUUUUGGAAAUCUACAAUGAAGUUCUCUAUGACCUGUUGAGCAAUGAACAAAAGGAUAUGGAAAUUCGCAUGGCUAAACAUAAUAAGAACGAUAUCUAUGUUUCAAAUAUAACUCAGGAAUCAGUUACGUCAGCGUCACGUUUGCGGGAGCUAAUGAGUAUGGCAAAAAUGAAUCGGGCGACAGCCUCAACUGCAGGGAAUGAGCGAUCUUCACGAUCUCAUGCAGUAACAAAAAUAGAACUCAUAGGAACUCAUGCUGAGAAGAACGAGACCUCUUUAGGAACCAUUAAUCUGGUAGAUCUUGCGGGUUCCGAAUCGCCUAAGACUAGUACACGCAUGAACGAAACGAAAAAUAUUAAUCGAUCCCUUUCUGAGCUUACCAAUGUUAUUUUGGCGUUACUACAGAAACAGGAUCAUAUCCCAUACCGGAAUUCAAAGUUAACGCAUUUAUUAAUGCCAUCUUUAGGAGGCAAUUCAAAAACACUGAUGUUCAUUAAUGUGGCACCAUUCCUAGACUGUUUUGUAGAGUCGGUGAAAUCAUUACGAUUUGCUGCAUCCGUUAAUUCGUGUAAAAUGGCGAAGGCGAAACGCAAUCGAUUUUUGAAUACAUCUAGCAAUAAUUCACUCUAGACGUAGUUAAGUAUCGUAACUAUAUUUAUUAGCAUUUAUCUAUUUUUAUGUAAAAUCAUGCGCUGCUUGCAUUUAUUUUCGCGCAUUUUUAGAAUUUCGUCAACAUAUUCUAAUUAGUUUACCAGUUACGUUAUUAUUUUUUUAAUAAACACAUGAGCUCCACCUGUGCUCAAAAACAA